GAUCUUCUGAAGAUGCUAGGGGUGUUCUGCUUCAGUUACUUCCGUUCAACAAGUUUAUUUUCCAGCAGCUACUUCUUGCAGGCAUAUCUUCCUGCUUACCUUGGCUAAGCUGCUUUGCAUGCUGAUUGGGGGAGGGUUAAUCCAGUUUGCAGCUGUCGUAGGCCAAUGAUGAAUCACCUUGCCGUCAUUUGGCUGCUUUCCUCUGACAUGGGGAGGAGGGAAGACCUGAAGAAGGAAACAACAGUAGAGGGUUUAACCUAAAGACAAUGUGCUUCUCUGUAGCAUGGCCUCUUCUUUUCCCAUUCUGCUAAAGAAUAAUGUUAUUUCAGACAUCUUGUACUGAGGAAUAGAUGGGGCUGGACAGUAACACCAACCAAAAAUAACAAGGAAUUCCAUUGUUUGUGAUUGGCAGGUGAAAAAUAAUAUAUCUGAUUCAGAUGUUUCUGAGCCAUCCAAUUCCAGGUCUAUGGAAAUGCAGGAUCUAGCCAGCCCACAAAGCCGAGUAAGUGGAAGCGCUGACACUUCUAAUGGUCCAAAACUUGACAACUCACGUAUCAAUAAUAAUUCCAUGACACCAAAUGGCACAGAAGGUGAUAGCAUCACUCUGCUCAACACAGCAGACUGGUUGUUAAGUUCUAAUACACAGACUGCAGUUAAAACAGAGCCAAUGAGCAGCAGUGAUAUUGCCACAUCAGCAGCAGACGGGUCAUUAGACAACUUCUCAGGUUCAGUUAUUGGAAGCAGUGGCUUCAGCCCAAGACAAACUCACCAGUACUCUCCACAAAUUUAUUCCUCCAACAGACCCUAUCCACAUAUCCUUCCUACCCCUUCAGCACAAACUAUGUCUUCUUACGGACAGACGCAGUAUAGCCCUGGAAUGCAGCAAGCAGCCGCAUAUGCAACCUAUCCACAGCCUGGUCAGCCCUAUGGAAUUCCUGCCUAUGGUACAUUAUGGGCAGGCAUCAAGACAGAAGGUGGCUUGGCCCAAGCCCAGUCUCCAGGACAGACAGGAUUCUUAAGCUAUGGUUCAAGCUUUACAACACCACAGACAGGCCAAGCUCCAUACAGUUACCAGAUGCAAGGAGGCAGUUUUACGACGACGUCAGGACUUUAUGCAGGAAGUAACUCUCUCACAAAUUCUACUGGAUUUAACAGUUCCCAACAGGAAUAUCCCUCUUACCCAGGUUUCAGCCCUGGUCAGUAUGCCCAGUAUUACAACAGCUCACACUACACGUCGCCUUACAUGACAAACAACAACACCAGCCCAUCAACACCUUCCACCACUGCAACAUACCAGCUUCAGGAACCCCCUUCUGGAAUUACCAGUCAAGCAGUUACUGAUCCCGCUGCAGGAGAGUAUAGCACAGUCCAGAGCCCAUCAACUCCCAUUAAAGAUUUAGAAUCGGAUCGAUUGCGCCGAGCUUCAGAUGGUAAAUCACGUGGCAGAGGCAGGAGAAAUAAUAACCCCUCACCUCCUCCUGACUCUGACCUUGAGCGCGUUUUCAUAUGGGAUUUAGAUGAAACAAUCAUUGUUUUCCAUUCCUUGCUCACUGGAUCUUAUGCCAACAGAUAUGGCAGGGAUCCACCUACAUCGGUAUCACUAGGACUGCGCAUGGAAGAAAUGAUCUUCAAUUUGGCAGACGCACAUCUUUUCUUCAAUGACUUAGAAGAAUGUGAUCAAGUCCAUAUUGAUGAUGUAUCAUCAGACGACAAUGGGCAAGAUUUAAGCACAUAUAACUUUGGCACCGAUGGUUUCCACGCGGCAGCCACAAGUGCCAAUCUCUGCUUAGCAACUGGUGUACGAGGAGGUGUUGACUGGAUGAGAAAACUGGCCUUCCGAUAUAGACGUGUAAAAGAAAUAUAUACUACCUACAAAAAUAACGUUGGCGGUCUGUUGGGUCCAGCUAAAAGAGAAGCUUGGCUACAGUUGCGAGCAGAGAUUGAGGCACUCACAGACUCCUGGUUAACUCUAGCACUAAAAGCACUCACGUUAAUUCACUCCAGAUCAAACUGUGUGAAUAUCCUGGUAACCACAACGCAACUUAUACCUGCCCUUGCAAAAGUUCUUCUUUACGGACUAGGCAUAGUAUUUCCAAUAGAAAAUAUUUAUAGUGCAACUAAAAUAGGGAAAGAAAGCUGCUUUGAAAGAAUAAUUCAGAGGUUUGGAAGAAAAGUAGUUUAUGUGGUAGUGGGAGAUGGUGUUGAAGAAGAACAGGCAUCAAAAAAGCACAAUAUGCCCUUUUGGCGGAUCUCUAGUCACUCUGACCUAAUGGCUCUUCAUCAUGCAUUGGAACUGGAGUAUUUGUAGCACAACUGCAGCCACUUGAAACCCUGGGGCCUCAUCCUACGCUAGCCCACAGACUGCCAGCCCUCCUGCGUCCUGUGUCACCAUCUGACUUGGAACUGCGCAAAAGGUUCAGAGUGUUGACAUACGGCCACCAUUUGUCUUAACCUUUCACCUUUCUCCAAAUUGAGAAGAAAGAAGUUAGGAGAGUGCAGGUGCUGUGAAUCUGCUAUUUUUAAAAAAAAGCCAUCCAAAUGUUUGAAGACUGACUGUUCCUACAGUUUGCCACUGCAAAGGCUUCUCACCUGUGAAAAACACGAAAGCUAAUGACAGUUCCCUUAUUCACAAGACUUCACAUUGCACAAAGUCAGUCCACCUGAAGGCUUAACUGAACAGUGGAGUACACUUGCAUGUGCAAAUGACUUUCUGACGGAAAUACCCGGAUACAGUGCUUUGUUCUUUUUAUUUAUGAACUUCUAUGAGGGAAACCUUGUGCCCAAUUGAGCCUUUUGACAAUGCAAAGCACAUCUAAUUCCAUCACGUCAUAUAGUGAAUGCAAGAUAAUUUCUAAUAAUUUAAAUGAAAAAAGUUUAUUUACAAUGCUAAGACAAUCAUGUACAGAAAAUGUCUUUUUUUGUGUAAAUUUCUAAUCACUGGACAAUUCAUUUGCAUAUUGUGUAGGUACGGGCUAUUGCAAAGUAGCAGUGCCUUAUCAUUGAAGUAUCAGAGGCACCGAGUGCACAGGAGAGUGUGCUGUGCCUUAAAAGUGUUGAUGUGUUAAAGUGCAACUUUUGAUUUUGUUUUGUUCAUUAUAAAUAUGUAGAUAAUUAUUUUUUUUGUUGUGGUAAUGUGUCUUGUCAAGACCAAAAGCAUGGAUGUCAUGUGUCAACAAUUUCCUUUCAUUCUGUCCAGUUUCUUUUUUUCUCUUUAUGAGCUUUUCUCUUUUGAGGGGAAGUCUCAUCCUGGUCAAUAUAACAGAAAACAGGAUCAUCACUCCAUGUUCACUUUCACUUAAUGUCCCAUUCUUAUCCGAGUUACUCUGUGUUGUUUCCUUUGAAAAUGUAAACGUACAGUAUGCCUCAGCCUUAUCAUGUGACAAGAAUAUGGAGGACGUAAUCUAGAUUUUUUUUUAUUAUGGAAUCCUUUUUUGUUAAUACGCGAAUAGGGUUGAGAGGUAUUUUAACAAUAAAUAGCAACCUCAUAGGAUCUAUACUUUUUGUACAAGGCGAAAGUUACAUUUUUUGAAAGAAACAAGAUUUUUGAAAAUGGGGGGGUGGGGGUGUCUUUGUAACAAGGUCCAAAUGAUUUCCUUAAUGUUUUGUAUUAUAUUAUUUUAAUUUUUGUUAAUGUCCUCAUUCUGAUGAAUGAUUGCCACCUUGCAAAGAGGGUUGCCAUCAUAUAUGCACACAUUUACUAUUUGGAUUUACUGCCCAAUGACUAACUAUACACCUGAAUGGUUAUAAUUAUUUCUGGCCUCCAUGAAAUCAAUGUUAAGCAAGAAUGGGUGAUCCUUGUGGAGAGCUGCAGUGUUUUGCUUUAACCAAUUACUUAAUUAGAUAGCUUGGCUUUGCUUUCUGUCAUGCCAAACAUUUCUACCAUUGUGUAUUUUUUCUUCCUUUGACUAUCAAUUCUUCAUUUUUAUAGGUUUGGCAUAUUACAGUAGUAUCUCUAAAUCCUCCACUUUUAUAUUUAAUGUUAUUCAAAAUAUUUCAUUAAAACAGCUUCUCGUGACAUGACAUUCACGGGCGCAAAUGGUAACAAGUUAGUUGUUUAUCUAUUGUCUGUCUUUUCGUUUAUGGCUGCUAUUUAACAAAAAAAGAGCUAUUAAAAACUCACAAUCUUAUCAAGAAAGUGAGCCAAAAUGAGGUACGAAACUGGAAAAUGGUAAAUCAUAAGCAUCUGUUUAAGUUUUUAAUUUCUGAAACUAAAGAUUAGGAGCUGGAGUAGGUGACCUCAUUCAUUGAAACGUUCACUUUACAGCAGGGAAUGACCUCAAAUGAAGAAACUGGCAUGACAGAAACCUUGCAACCACUGCAGCACUCCGAGUCAAAUGCUGACUAGCCCCUUCUUGUUGGUACUAAUGUUUUACACCUUUCAAAUGUUUCUUACUUUCUACAAUGACUUUUCAGCACAAUUUCAGUUUAGAAUAUUUUACUUAAUUGCAUCUACCUCCUUAUAAUGGGGGCUACAUAUUGCUGCUAGAUCAACAUAACAUUAGACAUUUCAAAUAUUUUGUAAAAAAUAAAUAAAUAAAUAAGAAAGAAAAUCACUUUCCAUUAAAUUCACUUACAUGCAACAGUUGUUGAUUUCUUUUUUAUUUGCCUUAUUGCUGCAGACUGAUAAUCAAUAAAUUAUCUCAGCCACACUUUGAAAAAUA